CCUAUUUCCGGUCUGCUUGCCGCCGUUCACUCUCGGUUUUUGUUUAUUUUUGUGAUUUAACAAUUUCUCGAGUGGUUGGUCUAACACCCUGCGCGCGAAAAGCAGUAACGAGUAAGAUUAUUCAUGUAUAAACAUGAAUGGUAUUAAUGGAACUAUUUAGAAAGCCCAUCUUUGGCUAGUUAAGGAAUUAGUGAGAUAAGACAGAGGCAACGAGUUUUAUUUGUUGGAAUUAAUCUUCUUAAAGAUUCCAAAGAAUAUUUGAUUGUAGGUUUGAUUAAAUAAUGGGUUGGUAAAUUACGAUUUGAUCCAAUGAUCUUAGUCAAACAGAAAGCCGGAUUAAAGUGUAAACAAACAAAUUUAGAAUAAUGGACUUUUUGUUUUCAGAUUUAUUACAUUACAUUACAAACUUCAAGAAGAAGGGAAGGGAACAAAUCCAAGCUGGCAAUCACGUUAACGAGCCGAAACCGCACAAUCACAGCUCAUCAAACCUCGUGGGACCUUACCUCUUUUAUUGGCUUUUUACCCCCCUAAUAAUUCCAAAUCAGCAAUUAAGAUGAUGUUAUUUUGUAGUGGGUCACACGCAAUACACACCUUUUCUGGAUUACUAAAGAAGAAGAAUUAUAACUACUAUACGCUUCAGAACUAUGUACCUGCUUUUUCUUGGCCUCAAAAAUAUAUUUUUCUUUUUUUUCUAAUUCUUGCACAUUGACUGUCUCACUCAAGAUUGUGGUUAUAGAUUUCCAAAAUAGCUGAGGAUGUUAGAGAUAGUAGAAAAUAGAUAUAUACUGUCACAUAAAUCUAGGAGCCUGAGCAGGAAAAACAAUGCUACAACUUGAAUUGUACAAAAACAAGUUAUAGUAUUAGCACAAUAUUUGGGAAUCACAAAAAAAAAGGAAAAAUAUUUGAUUGUUUAGCGCUAUCAAAGUAGAGUAUUUUUUACUCUUGAAAAAGAAUAAUAAUAACAAAAUUGAUAUAAAAAAAAAGAAUAAUAAUAGUUGAUUAAAAGAAAAUAACAAAUUAAAAACCUUACUAAUAGAGUAGGGUAUGAUGCCCUUUGUCAACAAAAAAAAGAAAGAAAAGAAACCUUACUAAUAAAAAAAAAAAAGAAAAUCUAAAAAAAAUUGGAACAAGUCAUCGUCGUCUUCAUUCAUCCUCGUCGACUGGCCGAUGAUUUCAGUUUCAAGUCGCUUUUGACUCUUUUUGUUUUACACGGUGCAAACCGCUUAAAUCUCGUGUUAGUUUAUGCGUGACAUAGACCUACUCAUAAUAGAUUCUCCCAGAGACAAGAUAUUGCUUUCCCGUCUACGCCUCGUCGUCAGCGCAGAUCAUUCUCCUAAUAUUGAAUCCUAAUCGGCGGCGCUCUGGGGCUCAUCAUAUCUCCUUUCUUCGAUUCCUUCUCAGAACAUGUGUGUUUGCUUUGCUGAUGACAACACAGGGCGUCUGGUGAUCUGUGUGUCUAAUUCGUUUUACUGCUCUCCUCUCACUCUUUGGCUUUGGAUGUGCAAUGCAAACUCUUCUGGCUAGAAGAAGAGUUUCUCACAAGAGUUUUAAUGGGAUGAAGACGAGCUUCUACAAAGUCUCUCUGUCUCUUGUUUUCCUCCUUUGGCUACUCCUCUUCCUCUCCACCUUGUUGAUCAGCCUUGGAGAUGGUGCUAACGAUGCGCCUUUGAUUCACUCUGUUGGAAUAUCUGAUCCUGAUGAGACUGCUGUGCCUUUUGAUGCGCUGCCACUAGUAGAGCCUGAGGGAAGUGAAGACCAAGAAAAGUCGGUGAAGCAAGAAGAUACCAAUAGCAUAGUUUCAGGGAAAGAUACAGAAAGCAAAUACAAAGAUGAUUUUUCGAAUCAAAGUGAGACAAACAAGACAGAUACCAAAGGGAGUGAUGCAGGAAGCAAAGACACUGACUUUUCGAAGCAAAGUGAGAUGAACAAGACUGGUUUAUGGAAUGAUGCAGAGAGCAAAGACAUUGAUUUAUUGAAGCAAAGUCAAACGAACAAGACAUGCACAGGGAAUGAUACAGAAGACACCAAAGGCAAUGAGUUUUUUAAGCAAAUUCAAACAAACAAGACAGUCACCGGGAAUGGUACAGAAAACAAAGACAAUGAGAUUUUGAAGCAAAAUCAGAAGAUGAACAAAACAGAUCCAGGGAGUGGUACAGAAGAGAUCAAUGCUUCAAAGCCUGAUCAACUCUCACGUGCUGUUCCGCUUGGCCUUGAUGAGUUCAAGAGCAGAGCUUCUCACACUAGAAACAAAUCGUUAUCAAGUCAGAUCAGCGGUGUGACUCACAGGAUGGAGCCUGGAGGGAAAGAGUACAACUACGCAUCUGCUUCAAAAGGCGCAAAGGUUCUGUCUUCUAACAAGGAAGCAAAAGGAGCUACAAGCAUUCUAAGCCGGGACAACGACAAGUACCUCAGGAACCCGUGUUCUGCUGAAGGUAAAUACGUUGUCAUAGAGCUUUCAGAAGAAACGUUGGUCAAUACCAUCAAGAUCGCCAACUUCGAGCAUUACUCGUCCAAUCUGAAAGAGUUUGAGCUUCAAGGCACCUUGGUUUAUCCAACUGAUACGUGGGUUCACAUGGGUAACUUCACAGCUGCAAACGUGAAGCAAGAGCAGAACUUCACACUCGUGGAGCCAAAGUGGGUCAGAUACUUGAAGCUAAGACUUCUUAGUCAUUAUGGCUCAGAGUUCUACUGCACCUUGAGUUUAGUCGAAGUCUAUGGAGUGGAUGCCGUAGAACGGAUGCUGGAGGAUUUGAUAUCUGUGGAAGACAACAUGAAGGAGAAACCAGUAAAGCAGCAAGCAGUGUCCUCUGAAGGCGAUGAUGGUUCUGAUAGAAUCGUUGAGACAGAGAAGGAACUUGAGAGCUCACCCGAGAGUACGGUAGCAAAAGCUGAAGCAUCAAUGGCUAGUAAUAAGCUUACGGAGCCCGCCGAAGAGGUAAGGCGUCAUCAGCCAGGGAGCAGAAUGCCAGGAGACACAGUGCUGAAGAUACUAAUGCAGAAGUUAAGGUCAUUAGACGUGAAUUUGUCAGUUCUAGAGAGAUACCUAGAGGAACUGAACACGAGAUACGGGAACAUAUUCAAGGAGAUGGACCACGAAACCGAUGUGAGAGAAAAGACGAUUGCGGCUCUGAGACUUGACGUGGAAGGUGUGAAGGAGAGACAAGAGAGAAUGGUGAGUGAAGCAGAGGAAAUGAAAGAGUGGAGAAAGAGAGUAGAGACAGAGAUGGAGAGAGCUGAGAAAGAGAAUGAUAACGUGAGUAAGAGGGUUGAAGAAGUUUGGCAAAAAAUCGAGUGGAUGGAGAAGAAAGGUUUGAUAGUGUUCACCGUGUGUAUAGGGUUUGGGACUAUGGCGGUUAUUGCAGUUUUGGUCGGUAUAGGGACAGGAAGAGCAGAGAAGACCGGUGGUGGGGGUUGGAUCUUGUUAUUGAUUUGCUCAACAUUCAUUAUUUUCGUUUUGUCUCUUUGAUGAUGAGAAUUUUGGUCUUUUUUCUUUUCUUUUUUACAUUGUAGAGCCAAUGUUACUGAUUUAUAUUAAGUGCGUCUUAACCGGAAA